UUUGUCUAUAAUUGGACUUAUGUAAACGUGUUAAAAUAGAAAUGUCUCUAGACCAAGAUUUUGUUAAACAACGAGUGUCAGAACUUAAGAAAGUCUGUAUUGUUGGAUCAACCACAUGGGGAACUGUUAUUUCUAAAGUAAUUGGAACAAACAUAAUUAAAUUGGACUCAUUUAAUGACACCGUAGAGUUGUUUGUACAAGAAGAGACGAUAGAUGAUAAAGGAUUAAUCGAAGUAAUCAACGAAACACAUGAAAACCCCAAAUACCUUCCAGGUUGCCGACUUCCUGACAAUGUGGUAGCAGUGUCUGAUGUUGUAGAAGCAGCAAAAGAAGCUCACAUUAUUGUUUUUGCACUCCAAUCAGAAUAUAUAACUUCUACAUGUGCAUCACUCUACGGAAAAAUAAAACCCACAGCAGCGGGAUUGUGUUUGACAAAAGGACUUGAGCUGACAGAGGAUGGAAACAUUGAACUUUUCUCACAAAUAAUUACAAGGUAUCUUAAAAUUCAAACAUCAGUAUUGAUGGGAGCAAAUCUUUGUGAUGAAAUAGCCAAUGAAUUGUACUGUGAAGCUACCAUUGGGUGCAAGGAUAAGAUACUAGCAGCCACUUUGAAAGAACUCAUUGAAACAGAAUACUUCCGAGUAUCUAUAAUUGAUGAUGUAGACGCUGUAGAAGUUUGUGGCUCUCUGAGAAACAUAAUAGCCUGUGGGGUGGGGUUUUUGGAUGGUACUGACUCUGGGAGAAGCGCUAAAGCAACAGUGAUUCGACUUGGGUUGAUUGAAAUGAUCAAAUUUAUUGAUUUAUUUUAUCCUGCCUCUAAAGUCUCCACAUUCUUUGAGAGUUGUGGUAUUGCUGAUCUUGCGACCUGUUACCUUGCUGGUCAAAAUCGUAAAUAUGGAGAACACUUUGUGAAGAGCAAAAUAUUAUCAAAGAGUUUUGAUGAGUCAAAUGAAGGCUCCAUAGAGGGUCUUCACACUGUAAGGAAACUCCAUACAUGGUUACAAGAGAAAGACAUGACUUACAAGUUUCCUUUAUUUACUGCUAUUUACAAAGUGUUUGCAGAUGAAUUGAGCCCAUUCUGUUUUCUUGAUAAUGUGCAUGGUAAUUCUGAACACAACAUUCGCUUGUAUCAUUUAACAUGGUGAAUUGUUAGAUCCCUUUUAAAAUGUGUUUUCAUUGUUAGAUCUUUAUAUUAUGAA